AUGAAGUUCGCAUGGCUCACCACUCUGAUCGUGUCCGCCGCAUUGAUGACUGGCGUAGCUAUCGCAUCUGAGGACCUCACGUUAAACCCCCAGAACCUACCCUGCGACAACGCUGAUCAAGUGGGAUGCUCACGAGGCAUACAAGGAUAUAACAAUGGAAACGAUUUCGGGUAUUUCUGUGGAUCUGAUGGCAAAAUCACGCAGGCGGUGCAGGGAAGGGCUUCGUCUGCGGGAACACUGCUUAACUCUAACGUGCCUGAUCUGAGUGUUGAUAUGCUUGCUUUCGCUAGGGUGUCGAAAGAGUGCCCCAGUCUCGCACCAAGUAUCCUAGAAGUUCCUGGAUGGACACCUGGAAGCACAAACCCUGGGCUGUCAGCACUGAAGCGCAAGAGGUUUUGGCCUCAGGCCUCAGGACUCGGCCAGACGCUGCACAGUGAUCCGCCAUUUCAAAUUGAUUGGUGAGAGGACAGGACCAAACUUGACCAAACAGGGUGAGCUAAAGGUUCACUGGAGCCUACUGGAUCUUCUGUUGGUUUCGAUCCCCCACUGCAGGCUGCAGCUAACGACGAAGUUAGCAAAUCGAAAGAGGAUCAGCGCCGUCACGAUUCGCUUUGAACGAGAUUGGGACCAUAACGCAUGGCGAUCUCUGUCACGAGAAAUCUAUCUCAAUCAUUGCGCCUACUGCUAUAUAAAUUGACAAUUUAAAUGAAUCAUAAACAG